UUUGCCACAGUGACAGGUGGUUCUUCUGUUCGAAGACAAUACAGGAGUGGACGCGCCAAUCACUUCGGGCGAGUCACUCUAAAUAGCGGGUGUCUCCCGGUCGCACGAUCACAGGUACCUGGGUGUUCUGGCCUUCGCUCUUGACGUGCAGGGAACAGCGUGCGCCCAGGGAUCAGCCCAGCACACCAGCUCCAUUCCACACGAGCUGGGAACCGAAACGCGGAGGCCGACACGUGCAGCGGCAUCGAGGAAGAAGAAUUUUCCGGCGAUGGGUCCACUGAUACUGCUCCUGGCCUUGAGCGCGAGUGCUCUCGCAAAUGUGACCCCUGUCGUGCGCGUUAAACAGGGACGCCUUCAAGGCGUACAGGAGCCUGGGGCCCCGGGCACCGCACCCUUCUUCGCUUUCCGAGGCAUCCCCUAUGCGGCAAAACCUGUGGGGGUUCUCCGCUUCAAGGCACCACGCCCAGCACCUUCGUGGUCUGGGAUUCGAAAUGCUUCCUUGGAAGGCAGUGUGUGUCAUCAAGCCACCUUCGACGGCCAACUGCUGGGAUCUGAAGACUGCCUUUAUCUAAAUGUUUAUACACCAAAGCUCAAAUGCUCAUCGCAGCUGCCUGUCAUAGUUUACUUCCAUUCGAGUGCUUUUAUUUUCGGAGAUGGCGGACGAGGUUGGCAUGGUCCUGAUUUCAUCAACUACAACGAUGUCGUCUUGGUAGUACCGAACUACCGACUUGGUCCCUUUGGGUUUUUGAACCUUGGGACAUCGGGCGCACCUGGGAAUGCUGCCUUGAAAGAUUCCCAAGCGGUCCUUCGAUGGGUGAAGGAAAACAUCAAGAGGUUCUGCGGAAAUCCGGACAAAGUGACCGUCGCUGGACAUUCCGCCGGAGCCACGAUUGCCCAUGUCAAUGCCAUCAAUGCCCGGAGCAAAGGACUCUUCCAGCGUGCUAUCCUUAUGAGUGGCAGUGCUCUUCUGGGCAUAUGUUACAUUGACGAGCACAUCGAAGCAGCGCAGGAACUGGCGACUAUUCUCGGGGCCAAGGACAACAGCACUGCGACUCUGGAGAGGACUUUAAGGAGCGCGUCUGGAUCUGACAUCAAUGCCGCACAUCUGACUAUGCUGAUGAGAGAGCCAAGCCCAAAUUUGAUGUUCAAGUUUGCCAUGACAUCGGAAAUCCCAGCAGUCUCGGACGCAGACCUUCCAGGCUCACUUUUCAUGUCUGAGGAUCCUGAGACAAUGAUUAGGAACGCCGACGUUAAAAAACCAGUUCCGAUCUUAGCUGGGACAGCGAAGGAGGAAGGAGACUCUCUGUAUGGAAUAGGUUUCGUCAGCAAAGUUAUCCAAGCAAAUGACACGCUUUUCGUGGAGCGCAUCAACUCUCGCAUUGACGAGGUUAUCCAGAGGUUCGCUGCCAGGGUGCCCAAGGGAGUUGCAAAACAAUUAGGAGUGCAGAGCGGAACAGGCUCCCUGUCGAGACAACAAAGAAUCCUGCAAAUGGUCCGCAACGCUUACGCUGGUGGAAGGAGCACAUUUACUCGGGAGGAGUACAUAAAGAUUAUUGGUGACUCACUAUUCGACGGACCUCUGCUCAACUACAUGCGCAUGUGUCGUGGAGACGUCAGUUUGUAUGUCACGGAUAUCAGUACGAGCUACAACUUUGUGUCAAGAGGACUCAUACCUAUGCCUGCUCUCACUACAACAACUCACGCAGACGACUUGGGCUACCUUUUCCGACCCUCAGUGGUGAAUCUAAAUCAGAACUACAGUGACUCAAGUGAGGCCGGUCAAGUACUGCGAUACAUUUCGACACUGAUCACGGACUUCGCCAAAGGAAGGUCGGUGGGUCUUCCGGCCACGUGUGGCGAUCCCUCACUACCGUACCGCCUGAUCAACAGCGGUUCCCCAGUAGUGGCUGAGAACUACGGCAGUGGCGUUUCCGUUUGGCUCGACAUCUUCGACCUGCUGAGGCAGGGGCGUCGACGCGUUCGAGUUCAGGGAGAGGGCAGGCGGCGCACUGCCGAGUGGGAUGCCUAACCCUCCGGCUUUUUGGGUGUAUCAGCAUUCGCUUGGAAAUAAACGCACAUGACUAUUCA